UAUAUAAUAAUUAUUUUACUUGAUAUAAAAUAUUUAGAUGGAGUUUAAAAUUGAACAUACAUGGAAUAGCCUUCCAGUGACCCAUGACCCAAUAAUGAUCAGGCUGAGUCCAGAAAAUGCAGGAAUACUGAUGGAAUUGAAUGCUCCGUUUUUCAAUGAUCCUCCAGCUCCUCCUGGUGAACCAGGAAAACCAUUCAAUGGAUUGUGGGACUAUGAGGUUGUAGAAGCCUUCUUCUUGAAUGACCAAACUCAGCAGUAUCUAGAAGUAGAGCUCUGUCCGCAUGGACAACAUCUUGUAUUGUUCCUUUAUGGCAGACGGAAUAUAUGCAGACAAGAGCUUCCUUUAAUAUUUGAAGUGUCAAAAACAAGUGCCAAAUGGAGGGACCGAGCCCACCUGCCUUGGAAUUAUUUUCCUCCCAACACUGACAGAUUUAAUGCUUUUGCAAUUCAUGGAUCAGACGUGAACAGAACAUAUGAAGCUCUCUAUCCUAUUCCUCAAAAUGAAGUUCACAAAAACCAGAAGCCUGAUUUCCAUCGUCUAGAAUACUUUAAAAACUUCAGCUUGAAACAAUUAAUGGGAGAAGAUUGGAAACAGAUGGAAUCAGAAUUGUGGGCAUCAUGUGUUAGAUGAAAAAUACAAGAGUACCAUAAAGAUUGGGGUGAGCAAACUUUUUGUGGACAGGGAUCUUUCUUUUUUCUUUUUUUAGGGCUGCCAUGGGAUUUCUUCAGAAAAAUAGGCACAUUUAUGAAAUCAGAAUUAUUCCUACUGGGUUUUAUGGACAAGGAAUUAGAAAAGAAACACAGGAAAUUAAUAUUGUAUAUUGGAACUGUGGCAAGAUUAUUGUAUGCAAAAACUUGGAAAAGCAAUGAAAUACCUACAGUGGAAGACUGGAUUAUAAAAUUAACUGAACUUGCAGGAAUGGCAAAGCUGACCAAUUUGGUCAGAGAAAAAAAUGACAAUUUUUUUUUUUUUUUAAAGACUGGAAACCUUAUAUGAACUUUUUGUUGAAAGAAGAAAAGAUACAAUUGAUGAUUUCAGGAUCUAGGGAUUAAAAAGGGACGAAGGGGACAGGGAAAAUAUUAAAAUGAUAA